AAAUGCGCAUGUUUGCCUGGGAAAUUGACAUCCACACACCAAAAUGGCGACGUCCCUGGGGUUGGACGCGAUCAGCCGCAAGCUGAACAAGCUCGAAGCCAGGCUCCGAGAGGAGAACGAAUCCAGAAAAAAGGACGACACCCUCUUGUUAGAUCUCAACACAGGCAACUCCAGCCCUAGGCAGCAAAAACCCGCCAAGCCAGGAAGUCUACUGAUUCCGAGAGGAACAGCGAACGGCACAGCACGACCAUCGCCGAGCACGGGGAGUCCCCGCAGAAGUAGAAGAGACCAUCUAGAAUUUCCUGGCAUUCAAGUAACACCUGCGCCAAAAAGUAUAGACAGUAUCGAAGUGGAGAAGAAGUUGCAAGAAAUCAUGACGUUAACAGGAAUUCUUACCCUGAAUCAAAAGAGAUAUGCAGCUGAGGUGGCUGAUCUAGAGGAGCACGGGGAGAUUGGCAGCGGUACAUGUGGGCAGGUCUGGCAGAUGAGCUUCAAGAAGACUGGAGACAAGAUGGCAGUCAAGCAAAUGCGUAGAUCGGGAAACAAGGAAGAAAACAAGAGAAUUUUGAUGGACUUGGACGUUAUCCUGAAGAGCCAUGACUGCCCCUUUAUUGUACAGUGUUUCGGUGCGUUCAUCACCAAGGUAAAUAUGGAUGUAUGGAUAUGUAUGGAGCUAAUGAGCACCUGUAUGGAGAAGUUGAUGAAGAGAUUACAGUCGCCCAUUCCUGAGCAGAUCCUGGGGAAGAUGGGCGUGUCUGUCGUCAAGGCGCUGCACUACCUGAAGGAGAAACAUGGAGUCAUACACAGAGACGUGAAGCCCUCCAACAUCCUGAUGGAUGAGACGGGCAUCUUCAAACUGUGCGACUUCGGCAUCAGUGGGCGGCUCGUCGACUCCAAGGCCAAGACAAGAAGCGCAGGAUGUGCUGCUUACAUGGCGCCUGAGCGGAUAGACCCGCCCGACCCCAUGAGGCCGGACUAUGAUAUACGUGCAGAUGUCUGGAGCCUGGGCAUUUCACUGGUUGAGCUGGCUAUGGGGUCCUUCCCGUACAAGAACUGUAAAACAGAUUUUGAGGUCCUGACGAGGGUUUUACAGGACGAUCCCCCCCUCCUCCCUCCUAAACAGGGCUUCUCACUCGACUUCUGUUCAUUUGUCCAAAACUGCUUGACCAAAGACUUCAAGAAGAGACCAAAAUACAGGCAACUCUUGGAGCACGGUUUUAUCAAAAGGUACGAGACCAAGGAGGUCGACGUGGCGGGCUGGUUCACAGACGUCAUGGCAACCACCACAAGUCCGAGGCCCGACGCGAAAACCCCCACCAACUGACACACGGCUUCACCGAUUGGCUCUGACCAACACCAAUCAGCGCUCGUCAUUGCAGCUGGGUCCCCGUUUUUCCCCUCAGUGGACUAGUCCAUGAUUCAGCCCUAUGUUGCUGUGGACCACUGAACUGGAAAGAGAGGGUAGGUCAGGAUGACUUAAAUGUGAAUUUUCCCACAUUAACACCUGCAAUGUGUGGUGUGUACUUGCGAAAUGGGCAUGGAUAAUUGUCUUUCCAAGGGCUCAUAUCGUCCUUUCCUCUUUUUAAUGGCAAGGCAAGAAGUCCUGAUUGGAAAGACAGAAGAAGAAGAAAUAUUUUAAGACAGUCGAUGCCUCAUUAAGUUCAAAAAUGACUCGUCUUACCAACAAUUCCAAAGCAUUUGAAUAAAGUGCUGAGAAGGCACUCUGCAAGACUGAAAAUGACAUAACAUUUUUAAUGUGUCUUAUACUGAAAAUACUUUCCAAGAAACCACAUCCAAAUGUGAAAAUGAUCACAGAAGAAUGUAAACAGCAAUGACUUUUUAACUGGCUGUCUUCAUGCCUUUAUAUUAAGAUCAGUUCAUUGCAAUAUCAAUUUGACGUAUUUUCUUUAUAAAUCGACAAUUCCACAGAGAAUUUUAUUCAAA